AAUGUAAAGAAUUGGGUGGGACGGAGGGAGUAUAUCCCAUACAUAUCACCUCUAUCACCGCCGUUUAAUCUGCCUGAAAUCACACAAAACAUACUUAAAAAGCUUCAAUUUUUCUUGAAACCCAGCUCAAAUCGACCCAAAACAUGAAGCCCCCAGGAGCUCAUCUCUUCAUACUCAUCUUCCUCACCACCCUUUUCAUCACAGCCCACUCAGACAAUGAUGCCUCAGUAAUGCUAGACUUAAAAAAAUCACUCGACUCACCUGACUCACUGAGUUGGACUGACUCGGACCCGUGUCAAUGGCCUCACAUACAAUGCAACAAAGACCAGAGGGUCACAAGAAUUCAAAUAGGUAAUCAAAAACUCACUGGGAAGCUCCCACAAACCCUAAAAAACUUAACUUCUUUGCAGGUUCUUGAAGUUCAGAACAAUCAACUCAGUGGGUCAGUACCGAGUUUGGCAGGCUUGAGUUCUUUACAGUCACUUUUAUUGCAUGAUAAUAAGUUUGAUUAUAUGCCCUCUGAUUUCUUUGAUGGUAUGUCUUCUUUGCAAGAUGUUUAUAUAGGUUAUAAUGAGUUUAAGGCUUGGCAAUUACCUGAUAGUAUAAAAAGUGUGAGUAAUUUGCAAAGGUUUUCAGCUACUCAGUGUAAUAUUACUGGAAACAUUCCUGCUUUUUUUGGUGGGGAUACUUUUGCUAGCUUGACUUUUUUGGACUUGGCUUUUAAUUACUUGGAAGGGGAAUUGCCUGCUAGUUUUUCGGGUUCUUCGAUACAGACAUUGUGGUUAAAUGGUCAGCAAAGUUUGUCGAAAUUGAAUGGUACUAUUGAGGUUUUACGGAAUAUGACUGACUUGACGGAGGUUUGGUUGAAUAUGAAUUCGUUCACGGGUCCUAUACCUGAUCUUUCAGGGUUGGGGCAGUUGCAGAAUUUGAGUUUGAGGGAUAAUGAGUUGACGGGUCCUGUGCCUGCGUCACUGGUUGGUAUGUCGUCACUUGUGGAAGUGAAUUUGACGAAUAAUAUGUUGCAGGGGUCACCGCCGAAGUUUAAAGAUUCAGUGAAGUUGGAUAUGGUUCAGAAUACUAAUAGUUUUUGUGUGAGUGCUGCUGGGGUUCUGUGUGAUCCACGUGUGGAUAUGAUGCUUGCUGUUGCAGAAUCAGUUGGUUAUCCGAGUAAGUUUGCUGAGAACUGGAAAGGAAAUGAUCCUUGCACACCGUGGUUAGGUCUCACGUGUGAUAGCGGCGGGAAUAUUACCGUUAUUAAUUUUCAGAAAAUGGGUCUCACGGGUAGUAUUUCACCUAAUUUUUCAUCUAUUACCUCAUUGCAAAGGUUGAUUCUCUCAAAUAAUUAUCUUAGCGGUGUUAUACCUGAAGAGCUCACAAGUUUGGCUAAUCUCAGGGAAUUAGAUAUUAGUAACAAUCAGAUUCAUGGUAAAAUCCCAUCUUUCAGGAGUAAUGUGAUGGUUAAAACUGAUGGUAAUGUAAAUAUCGGAAAGGAUAAUGUUCCUAGUUCAACACCAACAACGCCUUCUGGUAAAACACCAGGUUCAUCCCCUGGUUCCACUGCAGAGUCUCCCGAAAGCGGGGGUAAAAAAUCUUCAUCAGGAUUGAUUAUUGGCUCUGUUGUUGGUGGUGUUUGUGCAUUUUUCUUUGCGGGAUUGCUAGUUGUUUGUGUCUACAGAGCUAAGCAUAAACGUACUGAUGUAGAGCCUUCUCCUAGUACUGUGGUGAUUCAUCCACAGCACUCGGGAUCAGACCAAGAUGCCGUGAAGAUCACAGUUACUGGUUCUAGUGUUAACGGCGGGCCUACAAGUGAAACUUUGAGUCUUGGAAGUAGUGGACCUAGAGAUAUGCAUAUUGUUGAGGCUGGAAACAUGGUAAUAUCAAUCCAAGUCCUAAGGAACGUGACUAACAACUUCAGCCAAGAUAAUAUACUGGGUAAAGGUGGUUUUGGAACUGUUUACAGUGGCGAGUUACAUGACGGAACUAAAAUCGCAGUUAAGAGGAUGGAAUCGGGGGUGAUGAGUGAAAAGGGUUUGGAUGAGUUUAAGUCGGAGAUUGCUGUUCUUACUAAAGUCCGGCACAGGCAUCUGGUUGGGCUUCUAGGAUAUUGCCUUGAUGGAAAUGAGAGACUUCUUGUUUAUGAAUACAUGCCUCAGGGGCCCCUUAGUAGAUAUCUAUUUAACUGGAAGGAAGAAGGAUUGAAACCUCUCGAGUGGUCAAAAAGGCUAAUCAUUGCAUUGGAUGUUGCUAGAGGUGUAGAGUAUCUGCAUGGUUUGGCUCAACAGAGUUUUAUACAUAGGGAUCUCAAACCUUCUAACAUACUUCUGGGAGAUGAUAUGCGGGCUAAAGUUGCAGACUUUGGACUUGUUCGUCUUGCUCCAGACGGGAAAGCUUCACUUGUGACAAGGUUGGCAGGAACUUUUGGGUAUUUAGCACCAGAAUAUGCAGUGACGGGCCGAGUAACUACGAAGAUUGACGUCUUCAGUUUUGGAGUGAUUCUUAUGGAGCUGAUCACGGGACGAAGGGCACUAGAUGAGACCCAAGAGGAGGAGAGUAUGCACCUUGUCCCAUGGUUCCGCAGAAUGCAUCUCAACAAGGACACAUUCCAAAAGGCAAUUGACCCAACUAUUGAUCUUGAUGAAGAGGUCCUUUCUAGUGUAAGCACAAUAUCUGAAUUGGCUGGUCACUGCUGUGCAAGGGAACCCCACCAAAGGCCUGAUAUGAGUCAUGCAGUUAACGUUCUUUCAUCUCUAGCUGAGCUCUGGAAGCCAUCAGACCCUGAUCCUGAUGACAUAUAUGGGUUUGAUCUCGAUAUGACGUUGCCACAGGCAGUCAAGAAAUGGCAGGCACUUGAGGGAUUGAGUGGCAUGGAUUAUUCUUCCUCUGGAAUUGGCAGCAGCGAUAACACCCAGACCAGCAUACCCACCAGGCCGUCAGGUUUUGCAGAUUCUUUCACUUCAUCAGAUGGACGUUGAUUGAAGAGAUCAAAGGACUGGAUAGCUUGAUUCUUGUUAAUGUUUGCUAGAGGUUUGUUAUGUUUAUUAUGCUUCUUCCUUGCCUGUUACUUUUGCAAGGUUUCUUUCAAAUUUCUUAUACUUCUCUCGGGGGUUAUUUACUGUAUUUCAAAUUCCAUCAGACUCCCUUACCCUCUUCUCUUACCCGAGUUUGAAAUGCGAAUCGAUAGCCCAUUCUUGUA